AUGUCCGAGUUUGUUGUCUAUGAAGAUACCCCCUUUGCAGAAUACUUGUCAUCUAUCGAAAGCCAAGAAUCCACCGUGAGACUCCCGACAUUACAGCUUGACAGCAACCCAUUAGACCUCGAUGCAUCGUCAACGUGGAUACCACAAUCACUCCAGAUGCCUCGGUGGACAAACACGCUAUAUCAUUAUUGGCGUAGAUCACUCUUCCAUGACACCUUCUCCAUUAGUCUACCGAUAGCUGAGGAGAACGAGUUUGAGGAAAAGUUCAAGUAUCUCAUCGCUACAUCACCCUUGCUCAGUGAAGUCUUAUCUGUACACAAUGCAAACAAGAGCAACAAGCAACGCACAACACAGCAUAUGACAACCACGACUGAUUAUUCAACAAUGGCAACAAAGGCAUCACGCGCAGGGGUCGUUGGCACGGUCACCACUAUGACGGGUUGCAUGAUGGCUUUGGGCAUAGAAGCAUUCAAGUUACGCCAUCAAUUGAGACAACAAUCACAACCUGCCAAACUCUUCCUCGGCACACCCGUUGUAUCAAUGACAAUGAUGUUGACAAGCAGCAUGUCCGCUUUCUUUGGUUAUCGACACAUGCGACGCUCUGGUAUUCGACACUUGUAUCGUACAGCACUCAAUACAUUACAGACAUUGAUGGAACAAUGCGAGAUGCUCGACAACAAAGUACAUCGUGCGCUCAUCACUAUCCAAGAAAUCGAAUUGGUAUCACGUGGAUAUCGUUUAUCAUUACCACUAUCACCCAUCUCACGUAUUGAACAAUCGAGCCGUUCUCGCCGUUGCGUCGUUUUGAGGAAUCGUUUGGGUGCCGUGCUUCGACGUGCUUUUAUUAUAUAUGAGGAAGCUAUCAUUGAUCUGAUCGACCACGUGAAUAAGAGCAACUUAUCGCGGCUGUAUGACAUGUACAAUAUUCGCUCGAUCGCAUCGUUAUCGGCUCUGGAUCGGAUGGAUGAUGAUAAUAGUGAAGAAGGCGGCAUUUGUCUUGAUCGAUUACGCGCCCUUGCACAGCUUAUGCACGCCAAACGACGAGAAUGCAUGAUGCAGCUAUUGGCCUUGGAUAUUGUUACCGAUGAGCAUGAUUCUUUGCGUUUGGAUUAUGAACGUGGAUGGCGUGGUGUCAAUGCUGUUCUGGCCAAAGUGACGGAGGAUACAAAGCAAUUCGUAAAUGAUAUUACGCAUGCAUUGGAGAAUGAAUUAUAUAAACCAACAGCCAAGGAUAAUCGGCAACAGCUAGUGAAUAGCAAUACGGUGCAAGAUGGAAGAUUACGACCUUUUGUGCAUCGAUUGGCGUCUUUGGAUCAGCAGAUGCGUACCGUUGAAGCCAAGUUUUAUCUCUGCAAUGAUGAUAUUCGACAACUCACACAACAAGGGGAUUCGACAUCUUUGGAAGAGCUACGUGAACGACUGAAGCGGGAAUACCUUUCAAUCGAACAAGAUUUCAAUCAAAUGGUUGUCGAAUGGGAGGCUGGAAGAGAUGCUUUGGUGAAUUUCCUUGAUCCACCCGACCUUGAUCCUUCACCGUCAUCUUCUGUAUCAUCACCAACAACAUCCCAGAAAGAAGACGACUCAUUAUCGGUCACCUCUCCUUCAACCAAUCCACAAAAGGUGGUCGAUUCUGAGGACAAUGGAUUACUUGAACUCCCACUUCCAGCACGAGCAUCAGUAUUCGAAGCCGUCGCCGAGACCAUUGAACGCAAUACCACUGAAAGACCCAAAAAGAGUCGCGCACAAAGAAUCGCCGAGAUGAAAGCCAAGCGUGAACAGGAGGCACGUGACAAAGCUUCCAAGAUGGAUCCAAAGACGAUGGUACAUGAACUCAAAGACGUGCUUGACAGAAGAGUCAACGAGUUUGGGCUGGAACCGGAAACCAAGCCUGAACCUCCUGCCGACAUGUAG